AAGCUGAUGUUAAUGUAGGGAGAUAAGAUUCCAGAUAUCAUAUAUUCUGCAUGCGCCACGCAGUGACCAUCCGCGAAACACGGCGCUAUGUCUGUAAUUUUGGUGCUCAUUUUAGUUAUAAACGCAAUAUCUGGUCAAAUUGAUAGUGACUUGUUUGAAUUAAAUAUCAUUCAUUACAACGAUUUCCAUGCGCAUUUUGACCAAAUUGCAUUAAGUGGUGGGCCAUGCAACCCAACGGAAGGAGACUGCAUCGGUGGCUUCUCGCGCCUCUAUACCGCUAUCAUGCAGGCGCUGGAAGCGGAGCCCGACUCCCUACUGCUCAAUGGCGGAGAUACCUUCCAAGGCACCAUAUGGUAUAACUUCCUACGAUGGAAUGCCAGCCAGCAUUUUAUGAAUAUGUUACCGCAUGACGCCCAUGUACUUGGAAAUCAUGAAUUCGAUCACGGCGUCGAGGGUCUGCUGCCGUAUUUGCAACAUCUGAAAUCUCCAAUGUUAGGAGCCAAUGUUAACACGACCUUCGAACCAGAGAUGACGCCCUUUGUGAAAAAUCAUAUCGUCGUUGAACGGAAUCAACGCAAGAUUGGGAUCAUUGGCGUUCUGCUGCGGACGUUCUCUGCCCCGACUGGACGUGUUAUAAUGGAAGACGAAUUAGAAGCGGUUAAUCGAGAAGCAGCGUUACUCACUGAGAAGGGAGUCGACAUUAUCAUAGUUUUAUCGCACGUCGGAUAUACCAGUGAUAUCUCAUUAGCAGCACGUAUGUCUUCGGACGUAGACAUCAUAGUUGGUGGUCACUCGCACUCGUUGCUCUACAACGGUGAGGCUCCGGACGGCUCCAGACCGGUCGGGGAAUACCCAACUAUCGUCACACAGGACAGCGGCCACAGGAUACUAAUCGUACAGGCAUCGUGUUACACAAGAUACCUGGGUGACAUAAAGCUAUAUAUAGAUAAAGCUGGAAAAAUUGUAUCUUGGAAGGGACAACCUAUUUACCUUGGCACAUCUAUAGUCAGAGAUCCCCAUAUAGAGAGUCUGCUGGAACCGUGGAGACAGGAAGUGGACGCAAUUGGCAAGGAGGUGUUGGGUCGCUCACUGUCAGCGCUGCAGCGCGGCUGUUACCGCGGGGAGUGCAACUUGGCCAACUGGGCUUGCGACGGUCUCAUCGAUGAGGUGGUGGGGCUGGCGCGCGCGGGCGAGUGGGGCGGGGCGCACGUGUGUCUCAUGAACGCGGGCGGCGUGCGCGCGCACAUCGACGUCGGAGAAAUAACGACUGAGGCAUUGUUGAUGGCGUUUCCGUUCGAGAAUUAUGUCCAGCUUUACGAUUUGAAAGGAGAGUAUAUUCUGGAAGCGCUGGAAUUUUCAGUGGGAGUAGCAAUAAGCGAUCCUAGCAACUUCUACAGCAGUCGGAUGUUGCAAAUAGGCGGCCUGCGCGCCGUGUACAACGCGUCGCAGCCGGCGGGCGCGCGCGUGCUACGCGCGGCCGUGCGCUGCUUGCGCUGCGCCGUGCCGCGCUACGAGCCGCUACGGCGGGACAAGGUCUACCGCGUCGUCUCGCAGAGCUACAUCGGCGACGGCGGCGGCGGCUACACGAUGCUGUCACAGAAUAGAGAGAAUCUAGUGACCCUAGAUAUGGACUAUGUAAUGCUGCAGCGAUACCUGCGUCGACAAGGCACCGUCUUCAAAUAUUUGGACGGACGAAUUCAAAUUGUUAAUUAAUUAUGUAAUCGAUUUAGUUUUAAUCUGAAAUAGA